AUGAGUGCGCAAGUCUCCCUGGCCACUUGUUUGGCCAGAAUGUAUGAAGGAGGCAAUCCCGACUCUCAGAAAAAAAGUGAGUCUGUUGUUCAAGUAAAGAAACCAUCAGGUGCCAGUCAAAGCAAUGUUGCCAAUAAUCUAAGCAUGAUGGAUGGGAAACUAAGUCUUCUUAACGAAAAGGUAGAUCAAAUAGUAAACUUCCAAAGACAAGUUCUUACGAAAUUGGAGGAUAUGUCUCAAGAAAUGUGUGACUUGGAAAAGAACAUUGUUAUACUAAAAACAUUAAAAGGCACCAAUGAAGUGGUGGGUGAGAAGAAAGGAAGCACUAAUUUCUUGCAACAUGCUGACUGCCUCAGUCAGGCAGAGGUGAAGCCUUUAUUCAUGGAACUGCUCAAGCUGGUUACCUCGGUACACGAAGGCACGACAAAGCAAAAGGAGAAGUUAGAAGGCAUUGAGAAAAUGGUGUCAGCAGUUGAUAAAGCCAUUCAUUUUGUGGGUGAAACCUUCAAAAAUUCUCACAUAAUACAGUUUAUACUUAAAGGAACAGUACCUUGGAAAAAAGGAAGCCUAACAGAAUUUUCAGAGGCAAAGACUAAAGUUGAAGAAAAAGAUGCCAAAGCCAAACAUGGAUUUAGCCACAGAGGAAUCCAAGUACAGUUAAACAAAGAAGUGUUUGAAGGGAGCAAUGAAUGUGAAGACACUCAGUCUUGUGCAAACAGCCAGAAAUUUAAAGAUGCAGAGAGCAUUGUUCUAACUGAAGGACAGGCAAGGCUUCAUUGUAACGAAGGAACCCCCACAUGUCAGCCCUCAGAGACUGCAGCCAAGCACAAAGAUUUGGGAUGCAUUGACUCUCAAGGAGCUCCGGUGAAGACAAAUAAUUCUGGGGCCGCCAGCAGGAAAAAGGCAUGUCUUGCAACAAGGAGCGUGAAGGAAAGUAAAGAAUGCACACAGAAUCAGAAAUCAGCAGAAGACCAGCAGAAAGAAAUGACUAAAGUAAGCACAAAGAAUGUGGAAUAUCAGGCUCAGAGGACUGAGGGAAGUGAGGGAAAGGAAAAUGAUAAGACAAAGGCUGCAAUCACGACAGAAGCUCCAGAGAUCAUAUUGGCUACUGACCAGCCAAAGUUUGAUGAAAGCUCUACAUUGCUUCCAGAAAGGACUUCUGGCUCAAUAAAGAGAAGGCUAUCCAAGCCUACUGAGGCAGUGAAUCUGGGCAUUAAGGUCACCAAAGAAAAUGAGCCUAUAAAUUUUAAAGAGCUGAAGGAAUCCCUCAAAAAGCUCAAUGAGCAGCAAAAGGCCACAGACAUUGCAAAAACUGAUUUAUGGCAGAAAUCAGCAAAGGGAACAAAACCCAUCACUGCGGCAGCAGAUGUAAGAGUCAGCAAACCUUCCAAGCAGUCUGAAAACCAGCAACAAGCUUCACAAGGCAUCAAAACCCAAUCAGGUCAGAAAAGUGAAGGAAGCAUUCAGGGUUGUCAGAAUCAAACAGAAAACCACUGUGAUUCACAAAAACAUGAUUCUGAAGAGCCCCUGACGGCCAGCAAAGAACCUGACAAAGUGAGUGAACUGGCAAAGGGAGAAACAGAUUCCACAGACACCACAGCCAAAGCAGAGAAAACACAGGAAGAUGUUGAAAAGUCAGAAGAUUUCAAAAUCAUUAUCGAUGAUAGUCCAUCACCACCAGCCCCUUUCAGUCAUCGUAUUGUGACCACCAAACAAAUUCAAGUCGCCUCCGUAUACACCGUUCACCAUGAAGAGGUGCUAGGAGGGGGUCGAUUUGGCCAGGUUCAUAAAUGUGCGGAAACCUCAACAGGCCUUGAACUUGCUGCCAAAAUAAUAAAGGUUAAAGGACCAAAGGAGAGGGAAGAAGUAAAAAAUGAAAUAUCUGUCAUGAAUCAGUUAAGUCAUGUCAACCUGAUCCAGCUUUAUGAUGCCUUUGAAGCCAAGAACAACGUCACCUUGAUUAUGGAAUAUGUUGGAGGUGGGGAACUGUUUGAUCGAAUCAUUGAUGAAAACUAUAAGCUCACGGAACUGGACACCAUCAUCUUUGUGAAGCAGAUCUGUGAAGGUAUCCAAUACGUACAUCAACAGUAUGUGCUGCAUUUAGACCUGAAGCCAGAGAAUAUUUUGUGUGUAAACACCACAGGAAAUCAAAUCAAGAUUAUUGACUUUGGUCUGGCCAGAAGGUAUAAGCCAAGAGAAAAACUAAAAAUUAAUUUUGGUACCCCGGAAUUCCUUGCCCCAGAAGUGGUGAAUUACGAUUAUGUUUCAUUCUCCACUGAUAUGUGGAGUGUGGGAGUUAUCACCUAUAUGUUGCUGAGUGGCUUAUCCCCUUUCCUGGGUGAUCAUGACACUGAAACCAUGAACAAUGUUAUCAAUGCAAACUGGGAAUUUGAUGACGAAGGAUUUGAAAAUGUUUCCGAGGAAGCAAAAGAAUUUGUUUCAAACCUUCUAGUGAAAGAAAAAUGUGGCAGAUUCAGUGCGUCACAGUGCCUGAAACACAAAUGGCUGAACAACUUAACAGAGAAAGCAAACAAGUGUAGAGUCCGCCUUCGAUCUCAAGUGAUGUUACAGAAGUACAUGUUACAGCGCCUAUGGAAGAAAAAUUAUUACGCAGUUGCUGCAGCAAACAGGUUCAAAAAGAUCAGACAACAGAGUUUGUGCAAGAACGCUUAGCCUGUGAUUUGGGAUACAGCAACAGAAGAAAUGGCACAGCCUGGUAAAUAACAAAUCAGGCACUUUAUCAUCACAGAAUUGGAGGAUCUUCCUUUUGUAUGGACUACAUUCAGAUGCUAUAUUUUAAACAUUUAAGCAGCUGUUCAUAAAAAUUUGGCCAAACUGAAUGAUGAAAUUCAUAUAAUCUUUCAAAGCAGAAAUAUGGAAAAUACUCUUUUUCCCCAAAGAUUUACCAGAUCUGGUAGCACCUUUACCUUUCUAAUGCCGAGCCAUCACUCAAUAGAUGCCUCUUAGAAUGCUAUGCAAAAUUAUAAUUACGUAAAGUCAACCUACUAACCAAUGACUAGAAUUCAAUUUGACAUGUUGACAAUAUGAGAAUCUGAUAAGAAUGAAUUUAAAAAAGAAUGCUUCAUCCUACAAUGAAGCAGACUAAAAAUUGUUAUAGAUUAGUUACUAGAAAAUUGUACUAGACAUUGAACAAUAGAAAGUGAAAAUAAAUCCCUGGAAGGAUGAAUCACUAGCAACAUAAUCCUUCAGUAAUCUUUUUUAUUUUUUUUUUAAAACACCUUAAGCUUUAUUACUAAUGUUAAUUUAGGUGCAGGGGGUUUUAUACUUGACAACCAAAAUGUUACUACAGUCAAGUAUAAGUCAUAGGAUUAACCAAAGUGAGUAUAUAGAUUGGCAUUAACAAUGUCAUAGAUUUUUUUCCAGGUAAAAUUUGCUUUAUUGCUAACAUUAUAUCAUGUAUUAACAUUUUGGAAACAUUAAUAUCUAGUUUCUGAGGAACAUUCAAAAGAAAUUGCCAGUAGCUUCGCAUUGUGAUGAGUACGUCAUUUUUUAACCUGUUUAUUGUUUUCUAGAUAUUACUGUGUUUUGAGUAAUGUUGGAAUGGCAAAGAAAAUGAAUGCAACCAAGUAGCCUCUUAAAAAUAAUACUGGGCAUUGUUCCCCACCCUAUCUUCUUAACACAAUUAAAUUAUAUCCUUUAUCAGCCUGAAUUCAUCAUUGGGGAAAUUAUAAUAAGCGUGUUUUUUUAAGUCUAUUAAGUCAAUAGCAAUUUUUUACUUGUUUAACAUCAGUAGUAUCAAUAUUGAAACUAUUAGAAAUUUAACACAAUUGCAAAGAUAACUGUAAUUAAUUUUACAAAUAUUAAACCAAGUAGAUGCUGCUCUAGAAAAUUCUAUGCAUUGAUUUUUGCUGUAGAAGAUGUACAGCGCUAUAAAUAGAAGUACUCCAAGAGGCACAAUAAUGUCAUAUCCAAAAACUCUCAGCAGUACUAACCUUCAGUUGACAGCUGAUGAAAGAAAUGGGCUAUUAAUCACUAUGGCAAUGCAAGACGUAUGGUCAGGUACCAGUCUCCUGUAAACCAAUUGAUUCUAAUGUUACUACUUUAAUCUCCCUGCCCUUUCCCAUUCCUCCCAUGCAGCCCCACUAUUUUCUGUGCUAGUUAUGAAAAUAUAAGCAGGCUUAAGCAAUCCUGGUAUUUGUGCUUAAUUUGAGAUCUGAGAUUGGAGAGGUUUUGCGUGAACAGUAUCUCUUCCAUUGGAGAGUUUAUAAUGUGAUUAUCAAAAUGGCAGAGGAGACUUCCCAAUCACCUAAAUGCCUAUAAUAUAGGACAAGUUAAAAUCAAACAUUUUUCUUUUAAAAUUCAUUUGAAUGUUCCAAAUAGAAGUAAUCUGAAAUGCAUUUUCGAAGCAUAUACAAGAAAGAAAGACCCAAAGCUUUCACAUCCUCUUUAACCCAAUUUGCAUAUCUCAGAAUCCUAAUAAAGGUAGAGGUGGUUACUGACAAAUUCACAGAUGUUUGUGCGAUAUAUGCCAGCUUCUGCAUUCAAGUUUCGGUCAGCACCAAAAUGAUGAUUCUGGUCCUGAAGGCAAGGUUCCUUGAGAGACCCAAAGAGCAAAACAGUCUGAGAGUUUCCUGACUGAUUUGCUCUACACAAUUCAACAGUUCAGAAGGCCAAGCAGAAAACCCUGGCCAAAAUGGAUAUAGGAUUCAACAUUGUAGAAUUCACAACUCAAUAGAAAUACACAAUCAUUCACUGAAUUAUUGUCACUGCCCUGUAUACAUACCCUUAACAAUAUCUUCAACACUCAUUGCUCUUCUUUUCCUACAAGAAUACUAAUACCUCUGUGUUUCAGAAACUAACUAGGCCACUUUAUCUCAAAACAUGAUCUCAAGAAAACUCACAAGCUUUGUGCUAUUUCGGUUAUGUCUCUUUAGGCUUUGUUAAGAGGACUGGUAUGUAGUAACAUCCUAAGGAAAUAAAAACCUUAUUUUACAAAUUCACAGUGAUAAUUGCAAGGGUUUAAUAAUACUCUUGGGAUCUCAAAAAUCUCAGCAAUUGGCCCCUGAAUAUUGCAAUAAAUCAUUCUCUCCAGAACCUGAAAACUCCAGUAAAUAGUAGAAGAUAGGAUGAUCAAAGCAUGUCCCAGGUUCCAAUAGACAAGCCUACUGAGUUUAAUCCUAAUCUCUGGUACUGUCUUUAUGAAGUUCACCUUGUAACCGAAUAGAAUAGUAGGCAUAUCGGGCACUGUGAAUUACCUAUAGGUGAGAGGAAGAAUCUAGGGGAGACACAAGGAGAGUGUGGGAAGAAUAAAAUUUUGAUGAGUACAGGAUUAAAUUAACAGCUGAUUGGUUCAUAUUUGGUUGACUACAAGCCAGCUGUUACCCUGCUCAGUGGCUAUGCUACCUCACUCUAAAGUCCCUAAAGUUGGGCAAUGUGUACUGGCAUCAAUUUUUGGGGUUGAAGCUGUGAAAUCAGUAUUCACUGCCUGCUAUAGAAAAGAGUUAUCAUUGUUACAUUUAAACACAAUAUUUUUGGACUAUACAGUGAGGACUUUAUAGCUUUCCUGAGGAAAGUGGAGAUACUUUGUGUAUCAUUCUUCAGGAAGAUAACUUCUUUACAUACAACUAGCACAACAUUUUGAAUGUAGCAGUUUGAUAAAUUCAAGGAUUUCAAAGCUUAGGAAAAAAUAAUUCACCUUCUCACUGGUUGCCCAGCAGUAUCUUUCGGACUGUGAUAGCAAUUGCUUUGUAUAACUGAAUGUUAACAGUGGUAUACUAUGAAAAAUGACACCUCUAACAGCGCUGGAUGGCCCAUAGGUAAAAUGCUAGAAAUUAAUACAUCAAUUAACUAUACAGCCACCGAUGCACCUCACUGAGCCAAUAAUUUCAAGAGGAGCAAGUGACUUGAUUUAUGUUCUUGUGGUCUAUAUUUCAGAAUAGUAAGGUCAUAAUGCAAAGCUGGGGAAUGACAGCAAUAUUGAAACUGCACGUUUUAACUUCAACAUCUUUAUAUAAAACUAGAAAGGAGAAAGUUUUACCUGCAUGCAUAUUUAAGAAACUGAAUUAAGAAUAUGUAUUGCUGCUCUUUUUUUUUGGGAAUUAAAAUGUGAACUGCAUGAAAUUUAUGCCUAUGAAUAUGGAACGUUAUUUUAGUUUUCAGUCAUCACUGCUUCCAUAAUUCAGUAAAAGUGUAUGCAUGACCUUCCAUGAAGGCAAACUUAAAAAAGGUUAAUUUUAUAGCUAAAAUGUGUUGAAUUUUUGCAAUGUCUAACUUUGAAAUAUAACACAACAUUCAAAAAUAAAGC